GCAUUAUGUUCUAAUCUGUAAAACACAUUCUAAACUGCUUCCAUUCAAAUGGCAAGUUAUUUUAUGUGGGUCCAUUAAAUUUCUUAAGCAGAUGCAUAUUUCAGCUGUUGUGUGUAUCAUCUCCAGAGCAGUGUGUGUUUGUUAAGGGAAAACCUUAAAGAAAGAUAAAAAUCCUAGACCUUUCACAUUAUCCAUAUGUCAAGGACCUGUCAGACCCAGAAGAUUUAACCAUGUUUUGUGUGUUUGAAUCCCUUAAUUCCUGUUCCAUCAGUAUAUAUCCUUUUAUAUUUUUUAAUGAAUUUUUAUUUUUUUAAAAUUGAAUACCACUUUGAAAUUUUAAAAAUAUUAAGUGGUUGGUAACCGUUUCUAAAGAAAUAAAUGUUUUGUGAUGCCUAGAAGAACCAUUACCCUUGAUAUUUCCUUCAAAGCUGAUUGUAGCUUACUGUAGUGAAUUAGUGUGUCUUGGGUAAACCCCCUAAGAGCUAAAAGAGGAAGAUGCUUAACGAGACUAUGCUUAACUUAAUCUCAGCAGAGAAAGCUGUGCCACACAAUAAGCAGCCAUAGCUGAAAGGUGAAAGAAAAUAAAGAUGCAUUUCAAGAUAAGAAGUGUGGUUCUGUGUCUUCUUUUCUGGUAUAAAGCCAUGCUGGCAUUGUCACCAGCAGAGGAUGACAGACUGGAACACUGGCACAGUAAAGCCUGCAAAUGUGAUUGUCAGGGAAGUCCAAAUUCCGUAUGGUCCUCAGGGACAAACAAUCUGGAAUGCAUGCCAGAAUGUCCCUAUCACAAGCCACUUGGUUUUGAGUCAGGAGCUGUUACUCCAGACCAGAUAAGCUGCUCCAGUCCAGAGCAGUACACUGGAUGGUACACUUCAUGGAUUGCAAACAAGGCCCGGCUUAAUGGGCAAGGUUUUGGGUGUGCCUGGCUCUCCAAAUACCAAGACACAAACCAGUGGCUGCAGAUUGACCUGAAGGAAAUCAAAGUGAUUUCAGGAAUAAUCACACAAGGACGGUGUGAUGCAGACGAAUGGAUGACGAAAUACAGCGUGCAGUACAGGACUGACGAGAACCUGAACUGGGUCUAUUACAAGGAUCAGACAGGAAACAACAGGGUUUUCUAUGGAAAUUCAGACAGAUCAUCUUCUGUGCAGAACCUUCUGCGCCCACCCAUUGUCUCGCGCUACAUUCGCUUGAUACCACUUGGCUGGCAUGUGCGCAUUGCCAUCAGGAUGGAGCUGCUUGUAUGCAUGAAUAAGUGUGCUUGAUGCUAAACUUCAGCACCACAUGACAUUGCAAGGGAAAGAGAUGGGAGGCAUUAGCAAGAUAUAGAAGUACAAUGAAUAGAAUGAGUAGGUUCCUUGUGUAUCUCAGUGUACUAUAAAUAAAGGCAUUAUCCCUUUUGCUGUGACUUGCACCUUCCACAACUAUGGAAGCUUUAACUGAAGUCUAAAUCAGGCGUCCUCAACUUUGGCCCUCCAGAUGGUUUGAGGCUACAAUUCCCAUCAUCCCUGACCACUGGUCCUGCUAGCUAGGGAUCAUGGGAGUUGUGGGCCAAAAACAUCUGGAGGGCCGAGCUUGAGGAAGCCUGGUCUAAACCAAUAGAACCCAAGAGCCCAAUUUUGAGAUGAAAUUAAUAUCCACAUAUCCAUGAUCCCAUGUUGCAUUAUAUUUCCUGUUUCAGCUCCAGGGGUGGGAGGAGUUGGUGGUGAGAGGGAAAGGCUUUGACUUGAUUUUUGUGAAGCUCUCAUGAAAGUACAGACUGGCCUAUGCAAAAAAAGGAGGAAUUUAUACACAC